AUGCCGCCCGCGGGGCCGGGCGCCAGCCCGCCCGACGGCGCCUGGGGCUGGGUGGUGGUGUUCGGAGCGUUCGUUUCCAUCGGCUUCGCGUACGCCUUUCCCAAGGGCAUCGCCAUCUUCUUCAAAGAAAUCCAGGAUUUCUUUGGCACCUCCUAUAGCGAGAUCGCCUGGGUCUCCUCCAUCACGCUGGCCACGACGUACGGCGCAGGUCCUAUAAGCAGUAUUUUAGUAAACCGCUAUGGCAGCCGCCCCGUGGUUAUGUUGGGAGGCCUGCUCUGUGGCAUAGGAAUGGUCUCAGCUGCUUUCUGCACCAGUAUCCUGCAGCUCUACAUCUGUGUGGGCUUCAUUACAGGAUUUGGCCUUGCUCUCAACCUCCAGCCAUCUGUGAUAAUCAUAGGGAAAUACUUUUUAAAGAGAAGGCCCAUUGCAAAUGGCCUUGCUAUGGCAGGGAGCCCUGUGAUGCUUUGCACCCUGGCUCCUCUCAACCAGUUUCUUUUUGACAACUUUGGCUGGCGGGGCAGCUUUCUAAUUCUUGGGGCAGUUUUAUUAAACUGCUGUGUGGCGGGAGCUCUCUUCAGGCCCAUUGGGGUGGCCAAAGAAUCAGUCAAGAAAGAGAUGAUCGAGGAAGAGAAGGAGGCUCCAAAAGAAGAAGUCACUAAGGUGUCCAUAGAAAUGAGCAAUCCUGCAUACCCCCCUGCAGAGACCAAAGAGGAAGAGGAGGAAGAAAAGGGCUGCUGUGAAAAAAUCAAUCGGUACCUUGACUUUUCCCUCUUUAAGCACAGAGGAUUCUUGAUUUACCUGAUUGGAAACGUGCUCAUGUUCCUGGGUUUUUUUGCCCCCAUCGUUUUCCUGGCACCAUAUGCAAAGCACAUUGGCAUUGAUGAAUACUCAGCUGCUUUYCUCCUUUCGAUUCUUGCCAUCGUGGACAUGAUCGCCAGGCCAGCCACCGGCAUCAUCGCGAACAGCAAGUGGGUGAGGCCCAGGAUUCAAUAUUUUUUCAGCUUUGCCAUUGCAUUCAAUGGCGCCUGCCACCUGUUGUGCCCCUUGGCUUCAGGCUACACGGGACUUGUCAUUUACUCCAUCUUUUUYGGCCUGGCCUUCGGCAUGGUCUGUGCCAUGCUUUUUGAGACCCUCAUGGACCUGGUGGGAGCUGCUCAGUUCACUAGCGCCGUUGGCCUGGUCACCAUUGUGGAGUGUUGCACCAUCCUCCUUGGACCACCGAUUGGAGGAACUCUUAUCGAUACCUUCGGGGACUAUAAAUAUAUGUUCAUUAAAUGUGGAGCUGUGAUGGUCUUGGCAGGAACAUUCCUAUUCAUCAUGAAUUACUAUAAUUAUCAUAUGCUUGCCAAAGAGGAGAAGGAAAGAAAGGCGAAAGAAGAGGACCCUAAAAUUGUAAGGACAGAAAAUGAAGGUCGAAGUAACUGGAACAAAGAAACCCAACAGGAUGGGCCUGAGCUGGAACCUUUGAAAGAUGAACGAGAGGGACUGAAGACGGAAGUGAAUGGCACAAAUGAAGUUUAAACCUGGUAUAAUGGACUGAGCAGGAAUUUAUUUCUGUGUUGAUAAGCUGACUCUAGCUGUGAAAUCACACUAGGUUUUCAAAUUCCACCUUACACUCUGCCACGUGCAUCCUCUUCUUUGUCUUAGGAAAAGACCAGGACAGAAACACGUCUAGUUGCUUAUGCUGUGCUCAGACACACAGUGAGGUACUCAUUCAUAUACCAAAGGUCCUGCACCCUUUUGCUAUUGUAUUUCCCUUAGGUUGAAUGGGAGUACAACCCACGUUCCAGUCUUGAUCCUAGUACCACAAAUCUUUUUGGUGAAGAGGUCAGUGGCCACCAGAGUCGAUGCAGAGCCCUUCCUGCAGCUUACAUGGGCUGUGCAUUAUGUGCUAAGGUGGCUGCAUCGUCUCAUGAUGCAGCCAAAACGCUCAUCCUCCCAGGUGCCCAUAGACACGUCAAAAGCCUCUCUCGUCUUUAGCCCUCCGAGUGCAGCGUCAGAGCAAUCCCAGGAUCUGGUGCUGCCUUUUGCUAGUGGCUGCACUGUAACUUACCCCUCUGCCUCUUGGAAAUGGAAAAUCAAUCUUGUGCUUGACCUAGCUAGAAAAUGAGCUAGAGAUGCUUGAGCCAAAGGAGGGCAGUGCAGGCACGUGCAUGAAGUGGCAGCAGGGCAGUCUGGCCUUGUGACUCCAGGAUGCUGACUUGGGGUCUCUCACCCUGCCUUGCCUGGGGACCUCUGUKUUUAGCAAAAUGCCUCAAGAAAUAUUGUGUUUGGCACAAAAAGGCACCAAGGUCCUUCCCAUGCCUAUGUCUGAGAAGGGCAGAGCACAAGAGGGCAGAGCUACAUGACACUGCCUAAACUGAGCAGCACUCAGACUGUGCAAAAUCUUUAAAACUUACCCAACGAGGCUAGAUGGUCCUUAUUAGCCACUAUCUGUGURCCUUACAGGUUUUGCCAUGCUUUUUCUUUAUUUUUUUAGCACCACAGGAAGGACUAUUAUUAUUAAUUAAUGGUACAAAUGAAGACCGAAGCACAAGGCAACUACAGGCAUCUGUAGCUGUAAUUCUUAGUCAUGCGACAGCUGCAAUGGGAUCCAUUGGCCUGAGCCAGGCACCUUCCCUCCRACACGAAGAGGGUCAUCGACAGUGGGGAAGGGGAACUGAGAGCCUUCCCUCCCAGCAAAGGUAUCCCCCACUCGUUUGUAUCUGGUACAAAUUAUUCUCAUUGAAAUCCCUCAUUCURCUAAAGAACAAUGACAUUUGAUCAUGCCUUGAGUAGGACUUGAAUUUAUCCUUUUGUGGCGUCUGUAUUUUCUCUGAAAGACAAAAUCCAUUCAGUAUAUGUAGGGUUUUGUUGUUGUGCUUUCAAUAUUCUCUAUUGCUGUCYGAUCUCUCUCUGACUGUUUGGUAACAAAGGCAUUGAUGGGAGGUCCUGAACUUUUUCUAAUAUGCCUUCUGGAAGCUUUAAUAUAGUUAAUAAAAAAGAGAUGA